AGGGAGGGAGAGAGAGAGACUGAGUGGGUGAGUGAGUUGCUAUAAAAGAGAGUGUUGGAGCUGCUGGUGGCAUUAACUUCAGCAGACAGAGAUUCACACACUCAAAACAGCCACAUCAGGAGCGGAAAGAGACAUCAGCAGAGUUGGAAGAGAAGCUCUGACACGGAGGAGUUUGAUCAGAGCUUAAGAGCAGUUGCAUCUUUAAAUUGUUGGAAGUUGGACUUGGAGGUUAGAGGAAUCUGUUUGCCUUGGACUGACUCUUGCUUUGUUGCUCCUGAGAAACACGUUUCUUUGAAUAGGACAAGGCACAGGAAACAACAAGGACAGACAACAUUGAGAGUUUGUCUCUGAGCAGCUGACUGUCUUCUCUCAGCUGCUUUCACACCUAAUUAAUUUGAUUCAAAGAAGAUUUUCUUUUGUACCCUUCCGGGCUUCCUUUCAACCAAUGGCUGCUGUGCGUCAGAUGGUUAUGGAGGCCUCUGGCUUCCAUGUCCUGCCAGCCCACCUUAUGGCCUCAGCCAUGGAGGAGUUCCCCCAGCAGCUGCCUGUCCCAAAGGCUCCAGCGAGGGGCAAGAGCCGCUCACGCCGACCUCGCGAGGCUCGCUUCAAAACACAGCCUGUCACCUUUGCUGAGAUUGCAGAGGUAGAAGAAGAGGGUUCCUCGCCCUUGGAGGAGGAGAGGGCACGGCGCUCCUUCCUUCAGUCCCUGGAGAACCUGCGGCGGAGCACGCAGACCCUCCACUGCCCACCGGCUGCACAUCACAGCUGCACCCCUACACCCACACAGGCCAGCCUGGACUCCAGUGACUCCGACUCCACCCAGUGAGGGCUGAAACACGCCCACCUUCUCUCACCUGCGUUCCUUGCUUCGCCUUGACGCCGCUUCAUAUGGAGGCCAACUGAACUGAACCAAACUGGCCUGUUUGCCAGCCUGUCUGUGUGUGUGUCUGUACGCUGCUGCUUUCAUACGAAAAUCUGCAUUUAAUAUGUACUCAUACUAACAUAUCAAAACACAGAAUAUAGUUUGAAGAUACACUUGAUGCAUAUGUGUAAAGAUGUCUACCAGUGCCAAAGGCUGGUUGUAAUGAGUGUAAAGUUAGCAGAUGACGCAGUGUUGAAGACACAACUCUUUAGAUGAAUUCCUUUUCUACUGUCGAUGUCUGUGACAAGAUUUUUCUACUUGACCAUAAAAAGGACUGUUAAAAAUGUCACUGUUGUGACUAUUGGGACUUACCACACUGUAAAUACUAAAGCAAUGUACUGAGCAUCCAAAGUGACCCAGCCGUCACUAAGCUUUGUCAAAAGCUUUGUCCGGUUUCACAAUGAAUGAAAUCUCUGCUCUACGAAUCCAAGCAAUGCCUUUUUAAAUGUCUUUAUUUAUUUUCUUAUUUUUAUCAUAACCAAGCAGAGUUGUAGAUGUGAUAUUUUAUUGCUCUUUCUCACUUCUAAAGUCCUGACUUUCAAAGUAAAUCAUAACCUUUAUACCUGUUGUACUUUAUAUAUAUGUUACAAUAUUUGUGAUAUAUACUUUAAUAAAUAUUUUUAACUAUU